AUGGCGCACUGGAAAGACAGCCUGGCCAUCAAGGCGGUCAACGUCCUAGCCUUUGUCAUCUUCCUCUCCUCCAACGCCUACACCUCGCUCGCCCCAGAGAAGGGCAACUGGGGCGCCGGACCGCACGAGACGUACAUCACGCCCGAGAGAUGGAUCUUCGCUGUUUGGCCCGUUAUCCAUACGCUGUUGCUCGGCAUGGUCGUCAUCCAGUUCUUCGAGGUAGGCUACGACCCUGUCGUCAAGGUCGUCGGAUGGCGCUUUCCCAUUCUGGCAGUCCUGACGUCCAUAUACUCGGCGCUGAACACCGCCAGCACCGAACACGGCGAGCACCAUGACCGACGGGUUUUCUCGAUCCUCGCGUUCGUCGCGCUCCUCCUCUCCGCCGGCGUCAUCUCGCACAUCUACCGCGACCUCAAGGUGCGGCACGCGCCAAGCUCGUGGAUCGACGCGCUCUUCGUCCAUGUUCCGUUCAGUUUGUACCACGGCUUUGUCGUCGUCUUGCUCGUCGUUUCGGGCUUUGCUGCCUUCGGCGUCAACGCAAACAAGCACUCCGCAGGCGUCAUCACCAAGAUCCUCGUCUUCAUGGCGCUUCUCUUCCUCGAGGCGACCGCAGCCGGCUACGUGGUAGUGAUGCAGUGCCCGACGACUAACACCCUCCGCCGCGCGCACGCUUGCCCACUCGCCCACUCGCAGUUCUACGGCAAGGGAGACAUUGGCGGCGCACUGGUCAUCUGCCUCUCGCUGCUCGCCAUCUUCCAGCACCAGACAGCCAGCUCAUUCAUCCACUGGUCCGCGCUCGCCUUCUUCAUCAUCUCGCUCGUCGCCGUUCUGCGUGCUACAAUCGCCGCGUUCCGUGGCGGCCGCAUCGCGCUGAGCGACGAGGAGCGGGCGCCGCUGGUUGUAUGA